AUGACUGUGACCCACUACUUUGCCAGUCAGAGCGAAAAUGUCACAACGUUUGCCACCUUCCAAAUCUUGAACACGGACCGGUCACGGGAGGUUCACUGCAAUGUGACAAACCCGCUCACUACAUGGCCCCUCAACGGGGAGAAGGACGCCUCCGGAAAUGUGAAACACGAUGGCAAAGCGGACAAACUUACACAACAGCGAAAUCCAAAAAGACCACAAGGAAAAGCGCGUGACCUGGGUGUUGUUGACUCUAGUUCAGUCGUGCAAGGUCUACGCACGCCUGUAAGACGUUGA